AGCAGAAGAGGGAAUAAGAAAGAAAGAAGAGACGGGGGGCUGAUCACAACACGCUUGUUUCGUUUUUUAACGCGUCUCCCUCAAAUUCGUAUCCUUCCUAUAUAAUCUUUGAUUAUCUACCGACGCCCUAACAAGAAAAAAGGAGGCGGUUGCUCUGCUGAAUUAUCCAAUUAAUCUCUGCUUUUGAACUGUAGUUGAUCCCAACACAAUGGGAGGCGGCAAAGGCAAUGAGCAUGACUCUACCGAUAAGGGCUUGUUUUCAAGCCUAGGUGCGUUUGCAGCGGGCUCACAUUACCCUCCUCAGCAUGGAGGAGGGUAUCCUCCACAAGGGUACCCGCCACAGGGGUACCCUCAGUACCCUCCUCCACAUGGGUACCCACAGCCACCCCACGGCGGAUACCCUCCCCAUGGAGGGUACCCUCCUGCGGGCUAUCCUCCCCCCGGCGGAUACCCUCCUCCUGCUCACGGUGGUUAUCCUUCCCAUGGAGGACAUGGCGGUUACCCUCCAGCUGGUUAUCCUGGUCCUUCCCAUCAAUCUGGGCAUGGGGGCGGUAUGGGGGCAAUGUUGGCAGGAGGAGCGGCGGCUGCAGCUGCUGCAUACGGGGCUCAUCACAUUGCUCAUAGUUCUCAUGGAUAUGGAGGGUACGGUCAUGGAUAUGGAGGAGGGUAUGGUCCUCAUGGCAAGUUCAAGCAUGGGAAGUUUGGCAAGCAUGGGAUGUUUGGAAAGCACAAGGGUGGGAAACACUUCAAGAGGUGGAAGUGAAAACAUUUCAUAUGCUUGUCCUCUGGAAAGAAUUCAAACGAUUACAUUUCACCCCUUUCUAGUAGUGACUAGUGUGGCUUACAUCUUGCUGCCUUAAGUUUCAUGGUCUGUAACUUUCUUAUUGUGUCUGCGUGGGGUUUGUGGUUAUGAUUUUAGCCAGCCGUGUGUAUCAAGAUCCUGAAUGAUUGGGUUCAUAUCAGGUUUUUUUUAUGUCUAGGGACUUGUUGUUCUCUGACUUAAAAAACCUGAUAGUCUAAGUUUUGUGGCAAUCCUUUUAGUUCAAACUAAAAUUUGAUCACAAGUCGGAAGUGUUUAUGAAGAUACGUCCUUUUGCUACAAUGCAAUCACCGAUUGGACAUGUAUAUGAAGAGAUGUAUGUACAGGUUUGUGCCGACAUCAUUCAGCAGCCUGCAAAUAGGUGUGAGUUGUGACGCAGUUUUGCACCUUGAAAACAUGUAUUUUCACGUCCUGGCUAGGCUAGGUCUCCUUAAAGCCUUUUUCUACAUCAGCAAUUCUGUUAUCAUUCGUGAACUUGAAGUAAAAAUAUAAUCAUCCCUCUAGAAUGAAUUGGUGGGCAAUACUUAAU